UGCACGUUCAGAUCUCUGAAAUUGCGUCUUGGAAAAGGUCUCAAGGGCAGAACAUGAAAAAAACGUUUUUUGCAAAGACGGACUUGAUAACCCUCGCCUGUUCAAUCGGAAAUAACUGGACUGAGAAGAAAAACAACACAGCGCGCGUGCCAAAUUGACUUUGAUUUUAAAAGAUAGACCUACAUUAACGGAAUUGAAUCCAAUGGGUCAGGGUCGACCGAUAAGUAAUAUGAAUUUUGGUAACGUUGGCCUGUUGCUGGCUGGUAUUGUCAGCCGGGACCCGGCGUCAGAAGGAACCUCUGUAGCUCUGUCUCUGUCCAGCGCGCGUAGUGCUGAAAAGAUGACGCGGAUCAUGAAGAACAACAAGGCGUCUCAACAGAGUUUUCGGCAUUGACAACUUCAAGAAUGCAAAAGAAACCCAUCCUGCACACCAGUUUGAAACGCCGCCUACAUGAAAAUCACUUUCAAGACUUCCACAUGGACCGUCCGUUAAAUAACUUAUUCUUCUAGAAGAGAGGAAGCGUGGAUCCUUUUCGGUGCGAGCGGCAGUCCGCAGAAAUGCCAGCCAACCUCACCGUCUCAAACAACACAGUGCUAGUUCUGGGUGACGAGAUUAAAACCGGCCAAAGCCAGGAAUAUGACUAUAACGUCCUUGCUCUGAUAUUUGGAAUAUUGCUAAUUAUAGUAAUCAUUUGUGGAAAUUUGCUUGUGUGCCUUAGCGUGUACAAGGAGAACGCUUUGAAAACUACAACCAACUACUUCAUAGUCAGUCUGGCUGUGGCUGAUUUGAUGUUGGCAGUUUUGGUUUUGCCACUGUUUAUAUAUGUUGAGUUUCAGGGUGGUAUAUGGUCACUGAACAUGCACAUCUGUGACGGCCUGAUGACCAUGGAUGUGUUGCUGUGCACGGCCUCCAUAUUCAACCUCUGCGCCAUCAGCAUCGACAGGUUCAUAGCUGUCUCCAUUCCUCUCAACUACAACCGUAAGCAUGUGGACCAGAGGCAGAUCUUUCUGCUCUCAGGCACUUGGAUCCUGGCCUUGGCUGUGGCCUCACCUGUCAUAUUCGGCAUUCAGAAUGUCCCUCAGCGGGACCCGAAAGAGUGUAAACUAGAGGACGACAGCUAUGUGGUUUACUCCUCAGUCUGCUCCUUCUUCCUUCCCUGCCCAAUCAUGCUACUUCUCUACUGCGGCAUGUUCAGGGGCUUGAGGAGGUGGGAGGAGGCACGCAAGGCCAAACUGAGGAGGAGCAUCCAGGCUUGCAGGAAGUUCCAGGAAGCAGCUUCCUCUCUGCCGCCGUUGGCCCCCCUGUCUCCUCUUCCGCCCGUUAUCAAGCGAGAGGAGCUCACGGACACAAAGCAGGAGCUGAAGGAGUUUCAUCUGGAGGAGCAGGACCCUUACCACCUAGAAUCUCCAGACGGCCCUUAUGCCAACUCCUCACCAGACACCCCAGACUGCCCCUAUAACACCUCCUCAAUAAUAUCUGAGUACAAGGACAGGUCUGCGCCCACUGUUGUAGCCUACUCCAACAUUAGGUACAACCUCUGCCCUCUGCCUGACCCUCGCAAGAAGAAGAGAGCCAAGAUUAACGGCCGAGAGAGAAAGGCCAUGAAGGUGCUUCCUGUCGUCGUGGGUUGCUUCCUGUUCUGCUGGACUCCGUUCUUCGUGGUCCACACCAUGCGGGCCUUGUGUGCCACCUGCUACAUCCCCCCAGCCCUGAUGAGCACCGUCACCUGGCUGGGUUACGUCAACAGUGCCCUCAACCCCAUCAUCUACACCGUCUUCAACACAGAGUUCAGGAACUACUUCCAGAAGUUUCUCCACAGCUUCUGUACACACCCAUAGGAAGAAGAAAAGAAAAAAAACAUCAGCCUGGCUGCAGGUCCGAUUGUGGCGUCUCGCAAAUCAUUAUGGUAGUGUGACCAUAAGUUUUAGCAACACUGCAAAAAACAAAUGGGAAACUAAGCUAAGGCACUACCGUCGAUGAAUGGAUAAAGAAAAAUAUUAACUAAAGCACAAUGAUAGAUGUUACAAUAUCAAGUCUGUGAUUUGCUGUAAAGCAGGGGUCAGCCAGUACAUUGUUCUGUUGGACCAUAUGGUUGGGACACAGAAAAUAAUUAUAAAUAAAGCCCAGCAAGUGAUUGUAAAAUAAUAACAAAGUCUCUUAUUUUUAUUUGUGGGAAUACUUGUGGACAGAUUUCCAAAAGUAAUCUUUAUUUUGCAGAAUUAUACAAGUUGGAGGGGCCAAAAAUAUUAUCUGCCCAUUUCCUCUCUUUUGGAGUUUACAUUUUUACAACUUUUUUCUGUUGGGUUUACGCUUGUGAUGUAUUGUGACAGCAAUGUUGUUUGUCAGCUGCCCAUAAUAUGUAAUUUCCAUGUUUUAUGUGGAAAGCUUUGUGGUGACAAAUUGCAUCGAAUUCCUCCAACUGAGAAAAAAGCAAUUAAAAGUAUAAAUAUCAG